AUGAGGAGUGUUAGUGGAUCAGAUGACUACUCCAUGCGGUGGAUGAGGUUUAUCAGUACAGCGCGUCACCGCCACGAACAAAACGUUGAAGCAACCCGUAGAGAAGACGGUCGCAUUUUCUUCCGAACAGUCCGCACUAUAUUGAAGGGGGAGGAACUCCUAGUUUGGUACAGUGUUGAGUUGGGGAAAAAUAUGGGAAUACCCUGUUUGUCGAAAGAAAACAUACAAGGUGAUCAGCGAUACGUGUGUAAUCAUUGUUGGAAAGUGUUUCGCCAUCCCAACACAUUAAAGUCGCAUCUGCAUUUCAAGUGUUCCAAACGAGAAACGAGAACUAAUCAGAGGUCACCAAGAGCAAGCGAAAGUUCGCCCUUCGUAUCCACCGCAGCACAGAGUCGACUGAACAGCAUGGGUACAGCCAGUGAAAACCAUGGAAGCAAGAAAGAAGAUACUUUGAUUACCCGUCGCCAUGGUAGUCCCCAGAUUACACCUCAUUUUAAUACUUUGUUUAGCUCGAACGUGGCAUCGGCGUUCAAGCCGCACACCUCGUCAUCCACGCCUAAAGAUAACAACCGGACGGACAGUGACAGGGCAAUUAUCAGGAAAAUCGACCAUCAUCCUGUUACAAUAACAACACCGAUCGUCACGAGUUGUGCCAGUCUUCCCGGGCAUCCUCAUCUCAGUAAUGGUCUCCAUGGCACCGGGGAAAUGAGGAAAUUGUUUUCCACAACUCCAGCGUUCCCGCUUGAAAAAUCCCUAUCCUACCCGGGCAUGGGAACUCUUAUCCCAUACCAUCACAUGCAAUCCCAGCAUAAACCAUUCGAGAAAAGUUGUUGUCCAAUCUACAGUCAGACGCCACAUUUGCACACAAACCUGUCCCUGGCCGCCGCCGGAGGAUUGGAUCGCAGCGUCGAGCAUGCACAUUAUUCGGAUUAUCACCAUGCCUACCACCUGUACCCACAGACGUACGAGAUGCAUACCCAAUCCCUGCGGACUUAUAACUCUAUGUUACCCGGCAUGCAUCACGGGGGUAACGACUAUAUCAGCAACAGUUCGCACUUCCUUCCUUAUAAGCUACCGUAUCCUAAUGUCAUGAAAUAUCCAGAACCAUUCUCUUUCACAGCACCAACGGAAGAAUUUUCCCCAUUCAAACUCCCGAACAUCGACCGCGAAAUUGCCAUGCACACCCAACCUAUACAUUUAAACGAACCACCGACCCUCCAACAAUCCCUCGGCGGGAAGAAAAAGGGCCACCUAUGUAUCUACUGUGGUAAACUGUAUUCACGUAAAUACGGACUGAAAAUUCAUCUUCGCACGCACACUGGUUACAAACCUCUGAAAUGCAAAGUAUGUCUGCGACCGUUCGGCGACCCGAGUAACCUCAACAAGCAUAUCCGUUUGCACGCAGAAGGCGAUACGCCAUAUAGAUGUGAAUACUGCGGUAAGGUCCUUGUUCGCAGGAGAGAUUUAGACAGACAUGUUAAAUCAAGACAUCCAAACGAAGCAAGUAAAAGAACAGAAAAUGAUUCGAUGAACAAGAACGACAUUGAAGUAGUUGAUGAUCCAAGUCAUGAAAGUGUCAUAAGCAAUGAUUCUAGCAGCGGUUCGGAAGAUCAGUAG